CUGGCAAUGAUCCGUCUUGUUCUUACACUAUAGAGAUGGACCCUGGCAACAUUCCGUUGGGUUUAGAGAGACAGACUGAUCUGUCUAGAGGGGACUGGAACCGGUACAGUAGUAGUGUAUACUCUGAAGGGUGCCUAGAUAAGAAAGGGGAGGUUAUAGUGGUAGAUAAAGUGACUGUGAAAGUGGAGGGCGAUGUUCCUCCCACAUGGAAUGCCGAUAGUCACCUAGGAGACAGACACUCACAGGGCAUAGAUUUCUUAGAAAACAGGGAAUGCUUAGAGACAAAUCCAAAUGUAGCGACAAACUCACCUUUACACGCAUUCAGCGGUCGCGACCCAGUGUCAACGUCGAUGGGGCCUUCCGAUUCAAACGGCCGUGUCCGUUUCGAUCAGGUAUUGAACUCAAACGACAUGGCUAGAGCCCAGGCUCAGGGAGAGGGAGCCACAUCAGGCAAUAGUAAAGAGAAACGGUUCCUUUACAAGUUCUGUAACAAAGACUUCAGCUGCACCCAGAAGUUGGAGAUCCACACAGGGGAGAAACCUUUCAGCUGUACCCAGUGUCACAUGCGCUUCGCCCAAGCUGGCACCUUGAAGAGGCACCAGAGGGUCCACACGGGAGAGAAACCCUUCAAAUGUACCCAGUGUCACAUGCGCUUUGCCCAGGCCGGUGACCUGAAGAGGCACCAGAGGGUCCACACAGGGGAGAAACCCUACAGGUGCCCCCAAUGUGAGAAGAGGUUCUCCCGCCAGGACCAGCUGAAGAUGCACCUGAAGAUCCACAUGGAAGAAAGGCCGUUUGCAUAGCUACCUAAGUGUACACCAGCAGAAAAACCAUUCCACUCUAUAACAUAGAACAGGGUAGCAACCCUGGUCCUGGAGUGCUGCAGGCAUUUUUUUAUAUAACUGACCUGGAAGACCAGGUGUGUUGAA